AUAACGACGCCUUCCCAGCCGAGAUGGCGGCGCCCCCUGGCAUCACGAUGCCGGCCGCCGUCUUCGGCGAGGCCAAGCCGGAGAACGACGCCGAUGCUCUCCCGCGCCGCCCCGUGCUCUUCCACGCCCACGCCCACUCGCAGGGGCCCCUCCGCGUCGUCGCCACCGACCUCCGCUCCCUCGCCUGGCACUGCUCCCUCGACCUCGACGACCUCCAGGACCUUCAAGAUGAUGUUGGCAUCGGUGGCUCCUGCUCCGACUUGCUCGACUACCUCUAUUCUUCCUUGUCUUCCGGCCAAGUCAGGAUCCGCUUCCCUGUCGACCAAGGCCCUGGCACUGCUACUGCUAAGCUUGUGGCUACCAAGGCAAAGGGGCUACCUCUCAUAACUCUCUCUCUCCAUCCUGUUGCUGCCUCUGAGCUCGAAGAUGCCAUUGCCGAUUUCUCCAUUGCGCUCUAUGCAUCUUACAAGACCACGCAGGAACAUGCAUCCAGAGAACAAGAGCGAUUGUCACAACUCAUGGACAGUUUAGCAUCUGAAAGAGAAAAAAAUGAAGUAAUGCAAAAACAACUUGAAGCCCUUUCAUUCCUUGACAAAAGAAAGGCAACAAAGCAAAAGCUGGUGACUGAUCAGGUUCCAAGUGUAUCUGGUGCGCCUCCAGUCUCUGAUCAAGUUAUUGUUCCUGUGCAGCAGCAAACAUCAGUGGCUUCACCUAGCAAAGUUCCUCCUGCUAAAGCUGUGAAGCGGGUGGCCCCUGUGCCUCGGAGGGCAAGAGUACGAGGAGCUUUGUUGCAAGAUACUGAAGAAAAUGAUGAUUGUGAUAGUUAGAUGUUGCUGAUUUACUGGCGUUGGUUAACGCUGUGGCAUGUAAACCUACUACAUUUGGGUGACAGUUACAACUGUCAGGUUUUUUUUUGGCUGCUUGACUUAUGUCAAACUUGUGGAACCGUAUAUGCAGCUCAUGGUUUAGAAAAGGGUAUAGUGCUAACAAGAGGGAAUUGUUUUCCCCAGCAUAUUUCGUCUAUGAUUCUGCUCUCCAUGAGCUUAUGGUGCUUAUCAUUAUGCAUCUAUCAGCUGAUUCAGUAA